AAUUCAAUCGACAGAGAACUACCUGAGCAGCGUGGAUAGCCGGGACUACCGACUACACGCGGCAGGCGAUAUUAACGAGCGGCGAUCGAGAGAGUCACUGUGUCGUGUGCGUGAUUAUUCGGAAUAACAGACGGAGAUAUGGCAGAGGAGGAAGGAGAAGAAAAGGAGAAGAAACGGGACGGGGAAGAGAAACGAUCGCGAUGAUGACGAGUGUUCACGAGCGCACGCAUGACACUGACGCGAGUCAUGCAUCACCAUCUAGGAAAUUAACGUUGAAAUAUUAUAGACGAUGAAUGGACCCGAUAGCGAGCCAACUCGCCCGGGACGGAGUCCAGCUUCGACCACUUGCCUGCGAAAGAAACUGGCUGCCAGCCGACUCGGCGGUAAAACCAAUCGACCGAGUUCGUUGGACGGUACGUGGAUCGAUCGAAAUGGGAAAGCAGGGUGGGGUUCGAUGACAGACAUUAAUUUACUAUUAUCUAAGGACGCGAGGAGUACGCGUGGAUAUACAUAUACCGCGUGCGUGAUUUCUCCAGCCCACGUACCCACGACUCGCGAAUAGCAAUCGCGCGGAGACGAGGUAGAAUUUUUAUAACGGGUCCCCGUUUCGAUUAAAAGAGACUAAAGAGGAAGAGGAACGAAACGAUAAGCUGGUAGCAAGUGAAGACGAAUACGAGGAUCGUAGAAGGGGGGAAGAAAAAUGAUAAACGAAAACGUUGGAGUGGAAGAGAGCGAAGAGGGUGGCGGAGGGUGGCGGAGGGUGGCGAGGAAGCCGGCGGGAGACGAGCGAAGUGAAGAGGGAGGAAGAGAGAAAGGGAGAGGAAGAGAAGAAGAGAGGAAGAACGAUAUGGAAGAUAGUAGUGAGAUAUGUCUAAAUACAUAACCGUGACACGUGAUGGACGUGUUGCGGCCCCUGUCUACAGGGGUCUCGAAGAAGCCUACGGGGCCCGUACCGAUCUCCAUUUGGAUCCACGGGAUUCUGGACUUGGCACCCUGCUACGCGCCAUGCAUCAACACCCAAGAUCCAUCCCAUUAUACCUCAUCAGAAUAACAAACACGCCUUCCAUGCUAAACCAACAUUCUUUUGUUCCCAUCGAAUCCCAGGAUCCAUCAGAAUCGCCGCGAACCAUGCGCGUCAGUGACGUAUAUGUUUUCGUGUAGCCAACAGGCCAUAGGGGGUCUUCUCUCAGGCCUGCGAGAAUCUCAGAAGAUAUCGUGAAAUAUCGUCGGAUGGCAGAACCGGCGGUUCCAGACCCUCCCGAAGCUUCUCUUCGCCUCUGCGUUUCCAUAGUUUGCCGAUUUUCUAGCUCGGUUUCUUUGGUCGUCGCGCGACCACCAUUUUAUUUCAUGCCCGUAUACACCUAAGAUUAUGGCUAUUCGCUCGAUUACGUUCGCUUUAGAAGGGUAACAGAACGCCUUUUAUCAUCCCUCUCGAACGAACGUCUCGCUUUGACGACACGUUUCUAGAUGGCAGCACGCUCUCGAAUCGUCGAAGGGAUGUAUCACGUAGCUGGAAAUUGAUGGCUCGGGGGAACGAAAAACUCCGACGAUGAUAAAAUUCGAUCGGCGGGAGGAAACGUUGAAAUACGUAAAAAUGUGGUAUUUAGCGUGCAAGGCGACCGUAAUAAAUCGAACGCGCUAGGCAUUCGCGAUCACGUUGCGUAUCGAUGGUUUAGUAGCGAUCGUAAACAAUCAUAAUCGAGAUCACACGAAAUGCGAGUGACCGCGAUAACGCGUAACGCGUACGCGGAUUCGUUACGUACCACGUUUGAUCUACGAACCAGCGGCGCGUUGCAUCGUUCGUAGAGCGAACUGGAAAAACGAAAGAACGUCCGACGACCAAGUACGGACGAGAACGAAAGAAGAGCGGCUCUUUCGAUUAUUCGAGACGGGAAAUCUCUGUUUUGCGAUUCGACGCGCGCUAAUCGAUCGUGCGAAGUGGCCCGCGGGGCGACUCCUAGCUCGACCGUAACGGUGGACUUAAUUUCGCUAUUCGAAGCAACAUUGGCAAGUGGCGUGCAUCCAGCCGCGUGCACGUGUACGUAAUGUUUCCCGUCAUCAGGAAAACUCUGUGCAGUAAAAGUGUCGAAACGGUUACUACCUUUCCUUUUACGUCUCUCGACCUUUAUUCCUCGCGAAUUCAUUGCCGCGUAGAGGCAGUAAAGACCACCGCUAAUUCUUGGAAGGUAUUUCUUUCAAAGGAACAGGACGAACGAUGAAUUGGUGUUGGAAAUGGCAAACUAAAACGCGAUACGAGAGGAAAUUGGUUGGAUCGGUGUGGCGUGGCUUUCGACCGGUCGAUCCUUUAAAACGCGUUGCCGUGCAUCUUUUCAAUCGCGUUUCCGACUACUCGUCACGUCCCUUGACAGUUUACCGUUUACCUUUUUCUGUUUGCACGAGCAUCCCCGGUGCGGUUCGGCAUUGUCAGCGAACAAAGCUGCGUAACGACGAGAGGAAAGGUAAUUCGUUCGAUAGACAGACAUCGGCCGAAGCGUCGUCGUACAACGAAACAAGGAAGAGGCCGUGUUUCGUCGACGCGAUUCGACUCGACCGCGAGCGGAAAAUUUCCGUUUCAGCCGCUUCGACCAACACGAUCAGUCGCGAGAAAUUAGUUUUCUCGUUGGAAACUGUGGUGAAACGAAAGCGGCGCGCGUGCUCGAGUUCUUCCCCUGGUAACGUGGAUCGUGUCGUAUCGAAUUCCAAUCUAAUUUGCAUCGGAGGACGGAACGGUUGUUUACCCACGUAUAAGCCCGAACAGUUGCGAGCGGCUGGCAGCGUAUUUGCGCGAGGAUUUCGUCGAGGCGGUAGAGAAAGGAGCGGCCAAAUCGGCCACACCGCCUUCCUUCGUAUACCGCUCGAGGUAGGGUGGUAUCGAGGGAUCGUAGGAGGGAUUCCGAAGACGAGGCGAAGCAGGAAGGGACUGGAAAAAAGGGAGAGAUAGAGCGCGACUACCUUAUUACGCAUGCACCCUGUCUAACGAAAACGACUCGCUCGUUGACUGACUGACUGACUGACUAACUGACUGACGCCCCGUACCAUCGCUUCGCCGUGCGCGUUUAUAUUCCCGCGUUCGUACGAGACGAACGUGCGAGUAGCUGGACGGAAAUGUACGGUUGGUCGCGAAACCGUGAAAAAGUCUGGCCGAACGAGGAGAGAAUAGAUAGAGAGAAUAGACGGAAGAGUCGGUUGGAAAGGGCGGCGAUUUAUCGUGCCGAGGUAGAUGAUACUAGUUAGCGGUUUCGUAAGUGACGAGAAUCGUUCGAAAGUCACGCGCUGAAAGGAGAACAGGGGUACGAACCGGUUUACGAAAUUGACCGAGUUCAAAGGGUAUAUUUAUCCGGACAAAAAGUAGAGGACAAAGGAUGGACUGGAAUCGGGGGCAGGCAAAUGGUAUUUAACGCGCCGUGUGACUGACGCGCCGUACCGGCGUUGCAUCGGCGAGGAAUCGCGUGUCAACGUUUAGCGGGAAGAACGACGACCGUUUAGGUCGGCGUUCGAAAAGAACAGACCGUGCCCGCGGGAAUUCGCGGCCAUUGUGUCGGCCAUCUUUGAUCGGCGACUAUUACGUCGGCGGUUAUGCUCGUGACGCGAAAUGACAGGUUCUAGGGAACAUUUGGCCGACGUUGGACAUCGAUCUUGGAUUCCGCCACUUUCCGAUAUAAUAGCGGCGGCAAGAUCGGUAGGUGGACAACGGUCGAACCGCAACGUCGUUCGGAUUCGUCGAAAAGAGGUUUGAGGAUGCGAGCGAGCCGCGAAGCGGCGACGUCUAUCGGUUCGGUGAAGCGGUUCGCGUGCCUCUCGUAAUCGCUUGUCGUUCAAAUUACGUAGCUGGAUUUCGUAAAAAUAUUAGAAGACCGCGCUCGCCACAUAAUUUCCGCUAAAUGGACGACAUCUAUUUAGAAAGUAGGCAAUUUCCUCUCUCCGUGGUUCCGCUGCACGUUGUAUCCUCUUUGCCUCUGUCUUCCCCCCGAUCUUUGUCCCUGAAUGCGCUAUUUGUUCGCCACGAAUUUGCAAAUUAUCGGUGAUUUACGACGCGCGCGUUUCCUUCUUCUUCUUCGCACGCACGCACGCACGCGCGCACGCUGACCAGAUACGACGCUGUAGAAGUGCAACACACGGAGACGCUAAAGAUGCCUCGUUAGCUUGUCGGAGAUCGGUUUUCCCCGUGAACAACGUGUAUACGACAGUCCGUGAUAGAAGUCGGCUUUUCCGAUCGGGAAAAAAAAAAAAAAAGAAACGCGUUGCAUUUUGCUAGCAAAGGCAGGCGACAGGAGGAGAAUGGCUCUCCCUCGGGAGAGAUCGCGGCUUUAUACAGCCAGUUGACAUCGAAAUCCAGUGACGUAUCUAAUUGAGAGCAGUUUAACGGCGAGGGCGGAUCAGUAGGAUAAGCCGUAAGCCGACGAAGCCGCUGCACGAGAUCACCCUAGGCUUAUAACUGCCGGGGAAUCUUCUUCGGACCUCUCUCUUCCAACUACCCUCCUGCAUCGUGGUUCUGCUACGCCAAGGGUAUUGCGGCUCGUGAUACGACAGCCCUCUUGCCGUCCUUCCAGCAGACCGGCUCUCUCUUCUCCCCUUGCUGCCUCUCACCCUGGCCUCGCGUGCCCCCAGCUGCUACCCUCGCCUAUCUACCAGAGAAUCCGGCGUAAAUAAUGCCGAUUAUCCCCCCGGCAAUUGUUUUAUCGACCGAGCUGUCCCGCUCGAAGAGCAAUCUCGAAAGAGGGUGGCCCCGUUCCGCGCCUCACCUCCGACCUUUCCCCGAAUCCCAUUCCACUGACCUUACACAGAUUUACGAGUCGCUUCGCGGAGGGUGAAGACUCGAAAAGUAAAUUUCCCCGCUCGUUCGCGUAACCUCUCGCUCCGGAGAACGGCAAGAAACUCGCGCAACGUCGAACCGGCCCGUUUCGGCGAGGACGUCGCGUUCCAUCGCGCGAUCCCGCUCGCAGACGUCGCGCAUUCUCGCCAAGAUGAGUUACCUGCCGUCCCGUCGACGCGCGCGAGGAACAUCUUCUCGCUCUGCCGCGUCUUCUAAUGGAAACGACGAAAAAACGUAUCGCGGAGUAAUUCGACCGCCCCGUUCGAGAUAACGCGCGGAUACAUCGCGCCGCGUAGAUCGUGGAUAACGAGCGCGUUUAUAAUUUUCGAAGGGUACCCUUUAAUAGUUUCGGUUUGAUCGAAUCUGCGAGCUCCGCUUCCUUCGCGGCUUAAUGUAAUUCGCCGAGCCGUUCGCUUUUUGCCUGCUCGCCUCUUCCUCCCUCCCGCCAUCGGUUAAUUAUGAAAUUAUCCAGAAACAGCCACUCGCUCUCUCUCUCUCUCUCUCUCUCUCUCCUUCCUCUAGCCUCUUGAGGCAAUAUUUGAGCGCGAAUUAUGCCGGUACUCUCUUCGUCCUCCUCAUUAUCCCUUCCUACCCUUUCCCUUUCUCGCCAUUAGCUGUCUCGUCCCACCCUCGUACGUCCGUCCCCCUCUUUCUUCGUUUCUUCCGCUUCCAUUCACCUUACCACCCCGUGUCUGCCGCCUUCUUCAGCCACCGGAGAAGCUUGAUUCGGUUAACGGGUGCAGACGAACGCGACUCGCCUUCCAUCCGUUCCGUCUUGGUAACGUUCGCGCGACAUCAUCCGCUUAUUUCGAGCGUGGUUCGCAAACUCGAUUAAUAUUCUCGCAACGACACGACGACGCGACGCGACGCCACGCGACGCCACUCUCCGGCCGUCUCCUCUCUCGCUAAUUUUCCACCUUCGAUCGCGAUAGCCGAUCGUAACGAUACGCGUUCCUUUCGCCUCUCGUCACGGUGAUUUCGGUCAACGGGGGUGGAGAACUGGGUCACGCGGCGGAAACGAGCGAAACAGAGACCGGAACGAUCGUCCGUUGAUUGCCGCGCGCGCGUCCACCCUUCUAUUCGAUCGCUGCCUCCCUCCCUUUCCUCGUCCGGUCGAUCCCAACGACCGAAUAAGUCUGGCCAAUUAAAAAACUAAUUUCGAUUAGAGUCCCCGAGCGGCCAUUCGAUAUCGUGUAAGUACAAGCCGCGGGGCGCUCGUCGAGAGGGAUGAAAAAAACUGGGGGAAUCCGACGCUGCCGCGCCAUUCGGAAGGGCUAAGAAAAAAUAAGGAGGAACCGGGCAAUUUGUGCCAGUUUUCACGGCGGAAUUUUUACGAGCGACCGUUAUCGGGAGCGGUAGCUAGGUAGGAAAUAUCCUUUAGCGGUGGCUGGCACGCGCACGCUUUUCUCUCGAUUAAUCCCAUCUCGCUGCUCUUAUUUUGCCCCGCCGCCGGGGAAAACGGAACGGCUGUCGCGACGCGAUCGCCAUUGCCGGUUUCAAACCCUUGGUAGGGAAGCGUGCGUGCGUGCGUGCGAGCGAGCGAGCGAGCGAGCGAGCGAACGUGCCGUAAACACACGUUUCUAAAAUACGUUUGGUUCCGCGACGGUGGUUUAUCGAGCAAAAAAUCCGCAGAAUUUUCCACGAUUCCCCAGGGGCCUCCCAGGCGAAUCGCUCCACAGAUAUAUUUAUUUAUGCGCGUAUUAGUAUUUAUGUAGGUGCGUACCUACAGGCCGUGGCACCCCGCGGCUCUCGAGGCGUGGAUGCUUCAACCGGUAUUUGUUAUUCUAAUGUCGCAUUAUAUAUUUGUUUGGGGGCGUGGGCGAGUAACCCGAAGUGUGAAACACGUUGUAACGCGUAGCUGGUCCUCCUGGAAUUCCAUCCUGUCGCCUCGGUUCCGGCUCGACGACCGCCGUCUCUUAACCAGCCAGCAGAGCGGCUCUUCUCGGCGCUCCUACGCGCUCUACUCGAAAAACCUUAUCGUCGAUUCGACGAGACGAGAUUUCUUCGACAAAAGACGAUGAAACAGCCGUGGCGGUGGCUUCUCGCGCGCCUGGACACCGCGGACAAUUUAUUCCCCUUAUAAUCCGUCGCUGAUCUCCCUGUCGAGCUGAAGGAACGCGAGCCAUCGGUUCUCGUUAAACGACCUUUCGUAAAGGCACGGAAUACCGUGAAAAUGGGCCAGUAUCUCUGAACCAGAGAUUCUUAUCUUCGGGAAUCCCGUACGAACGCGUCCUCGAAAUUUACAACGCCAACGUUUCCUGCUUGUCCGGGCUUCUUUCCACCAACAAACUUACUACCGGUAGCGGCAAUAAAAUGCCGACUUCAUUAUGUUCGUCCGGCUGGCCACGCGUAAUUAAUACUCAUCUCGAUAUUAACCUUCGGCCGCCUUGGAAACCCGAGGACGGAUUUGUCUCGUAAUUCGCGGUUUAUCGCCUCGCUGCGUCAAAUAGCCGAUGCGAUUCACCGACCACCUUUGACAUCCUAAUUAACGAAUUAUACUCGCCACGUUGGAAUUCGUGGACGAACGUCCGCGCGUCGAAGAACUGGUUUCUACCACGCGUCACGUCGUCGCGUUACGCUUCGACGUGGCUUCGCUAUCGACGCGGCUGCUGCAUCGCUCCGUUUACGCGCUCUCGCACACGUGUACGGUGUUACGCGUCCUCGUUGCCGCGUCGUCGCCUAGACGAACCACCGUGAACUCGUAUAACCAUCGCGUAAAACCAUCGACGCUUGCGCCUAAUACGAUCGCCCAAAUUGGUAGCGCACGAUAAACCAACGCCGAAGCGAUCUCGUACGCGCGUACGCCGUCGUAAGAAACGACGCGUCGACGCGUAAUACGCUUUAAUCACGGGUAAAUUAAAAACAUCGAGCAGCGGUAUCGAUCGCCACAGCGACGUCCGUAAUCGCGCUCGAUGUUUCAUUCGCCGUGCACGGAACGUGGCCGCGAGAACGAAAUACGUACGUGUCUAAAAUCGGAUAGAUCUAUUUCGCAGUAGCGAAACGAACGUUUCACGUUUGCAGUUUUCGACGCACGACGCGGCCGCCUCGAGUGGGGUGUACGAUAAAGAGUUUAGUACAUCGUUAAAUUAUACGCCGUUUAACGAUGGCCUCCCUCGUUCUCCGCGUCGGAAAGAGCAAAAGAUUUAUCGAUUCAGUCGAGGCAGCGCGAUUCACGAAAUGUCAGGAAGAGCGAUAAACAAACACGCUCGAACCGGAUGUAAUCGCGUUUCCUCUUCGCGUUUCCUCCCUGUAGUCUCGAGAUCUCAGCUUCGCCUCGUGAUCCCGCCUACUUUCGAUUGCGAUGCGCAUACGUUUCCGCGGUUUCCAUACGUUUGCCCGGUGCAAGCGCGAUACGUGGCCGGGCGUCGACGUGAUCGCGUGCCGAUAGCUUUCUCGCGAUCGUUAUCGCGGCUAACUCCGUCCGGUUUCUCGACUAUCCGCGCUCGUCGCGUUAUUACCACAGUAACACGGUCGUUUUCUCUAGGUCGUCGAGCCGUCGACGACCACGGCCAGCGAUCUUCCAUCCCGUACGAGUCUACGAUAGCUGCGCUAGCUAUAGCUACGCGUGCCGUCCUGCUGAUCGAGUGGAAUUUUCGUGUUUGCUGUCGGGUAUUUGGAGGUCGCGUUACCAUCGGCAAAAUUGCUCGCACGAUACGAUGGCUGGCGAUUUCGUUACAGACUGUCGCGGUGUGUCGCUCGCAGCGUUCGCCAUGCAAAUUUGUCCACCACGACAGCCGUUCGAUAAUUGGCUGCGAUUUGUUAUUGGAUAAAUUCCCGGCCACGGAUCGACGUCGAUACCUAGCGGUAGCGGCUGGCCGUUUAAAGAAUCGAUUUCAAAAAGAUAGCGGUCGCGCGUCGAUCGCUCGACCCUGCUGUACCUAUCCUGCCAAUCGGCCAAGUUAAAACGCUUGGAGAAUCGCUAUCGCUGCCAGCUACUAACAGAGAACACACCCACGACAACGAGAAUGUUUCUCAGCCACAUGAGUUAUUCAUGACGUACCUAUAUAGUUCUCCACUUUGUCACUUACACGCGUUCUAACGCCACGCAUGUCUCUCUCUCUCUCUCUCUCUCUCUCUCUCUCUAUUUCCUGUUCUCUUCCUCGUUUCUAUUUAUUUAUCUAUUUACGUAUUUAUUUAUUUAUCUGUAGCCAGAGGUGAGGCUAUUAGAAUACACGUUUUGUUUCGCAGGGACCAACCGCUCCGAUCUUUACCAGAAUCUCAUCCCACCCCCUGUCGUUCUUCGUCUUUGUCCUUUUCCUUCGUCUCGCUACUUUCGAGCCCACGCAUCGUAAUCUCGUUGAUGCGCGUUGCAGCGGAGAAAAAAGGAACGCGGAGGAGGAAUGUGUCGCGCGCGGCAUGUGGCCGCAUUAUGUACGCUUAGCGUGCGCGCGAUCGGAACUUGCGAAGAGCGCUAGCGAGAAGUGCUUGCUAUACGCGCGCCUACGGGCUUUUCGGCGAUUCGUAUCUGCUUUAAUUUGAAUAAUCGUUGCUCGUUGCUACGGUUCGCUCGGAAUCGUAUCUCCCGCGCGGCUUUAUCCCAUCCGUGGCAGAUGCUCGCACGAGUAAGUAAGUACGCGUUCGUGGUCGUCUGGACGCGACGGUUCGCUCGUUCCGAAGCGAAAGCGCUCGAAAAGGCGGCCGACGACCGGAGAAGAGAGUCGGCUCUCUGCGUAUACAGGCUCGCAAGCGGUUUACGUUUUCCACGCCGGCAGAUUCGAUUCCCUACUUGGGGCAUGGAAAAGCUGGCGCCGCGACGCACUCGACGGCCGACCGAGUCCUUGAGAUCGCUCUCUUUCCCUCUCUCGGCUAACCGUGUGAUCCGCUGUCCCUUUGGAGAGGCGCGUCUACGUCUCUUCUUCCUUUCCGCUUUCAACGUUUCGACCAAGCUGGUCCUCUUUGCUCUUCCCUCGACAUCGUCUCCUCGUUAUCGCAGCCACGAACAGUAAUUUCGUUGUUAUUAUUAGGAACGCCCGAAGGGGCGAGGGAAAGAAACCGUGUGUUUACCCUCUCCAGAAGCCACUCGAGAAGCCGAGAAGCUCGUGCCAUGAAAGAUUCUAGUUUAUCCUUCGUUCACGACAUCGCUGGAUACGCUCUGCUCUGUUCUGCUGCGUGCGUAAUUGCUGCGAUUUCAACGAGCGCCUUUGUCGGUUUUCCUUUCAUCCAUCGAUAGCCCUCUUGUAUCCGCUCCGUAGCUCCGUUUUCUCCAGUAGCUUCCAACGUCCAACUCUCGCGACGAUGCUUCCGUAUCGCCUUGUCGAAUUCGUUUAUCGCAUCGAUCGCGUUACAGAGUUUCGCGCGACAUUUGCAAUUUGCAUCGGCCGCGUCCUGACAACGACGACGGCCCGUACGUCGGAGAGUCAGCCGUGCCACCGAAUUCGAGUGUAUACAGCGUGGGUGGCCUGCCACCUCUACCGUCUCUACCUUCCUCCGCCAACGGUAACCACAACUACCAGCGGCCAGGCGUGCAGCUCGCGCAGCCUCUCCUCUCUUCCGAUGAUGAAUGACUUUCGUGUACUUCUCCGUUGCGUCGUACCGUGCGGCUCUCGGACGCGAUACCACCCCGUGUCUUCGCACUCCAUCUGCCACGUCCAGUCUCGUUCCUUCCUUCCUACCUUCCUUUCCCUUCGCGAUUUUCCUUUCCUCGCUGUACCUUGAUUUAUGUACGUGUUUUUCCUUUUUCCGUGCGCUCGAGUUCGCCCGCCUCUUCCCCUCUCGCACCCUCUUGCCUCACCGAGACGUGGACUUUUUUCUCGCUCGAAGGUAAGAAGGGCGAACGAGAAGGCACAGGGUCCUCGCCGUCCUAGUUGAGACGUAGUUGUUCGAUCGUAAUCGCGCAGGUAGUUUACGUUCGAGGUUUGGUAAAAUUCGGCCUGGUCGGAAGUUACGCGUAUACACGAGAAACUCAGUUAAGUGGAUACAGUCGUAGCCUGUUAAACGGCGAGUUUCACCACGGGUGACGAAUUUGAAAGGAAACGGUGACACCUCGGAGCAUCCGCAACCGCCUUAAAAACAUUCGAAUGCCAAAGCAAACGGGGGGUCCAGGACAGCUCGUUCCUGCGGUUCGUUCCAAGACUCCUCCAGCAUGCCGCGUCUUUUCAGCUACCUGAAGAAGAGACAGGGCGAACGAGACGAGGAGAAGAGGAGAGGAGGAGAGAGAGAGAGAGAGAGAGAGAGAGAGAGAGACGGGUCUUCAUAUUUUAUACGGGAUGGGAUCCUUUAUGCGGUCGACUACGGGGGCACCCAGCGUGUCGAAUAGAAUUCAGGAGGCCGGUACACGAUAGGUAUUUUGACAUGCCCGAGAAAUUAGUAUAAUAAAGGGGGGGGGGGAACUAGGUAGACCGGCUAAGUGCCUAAACACACGCCGUAAAUCUCCCCUCGGUGCUCUCGAAGAUCCAACCAAUGCGGUAAAACACGGUCUUCGCGAUCGUGCGCUUCACGCUGCUGCUUCUCGGACACCGACAGCCCGGAUCCUCUGACGUUUGAUCGAUCGAGAUACGUCUACCGAACGUAUCUAACGGUCUUUAUCGCCACUAUGCUUCUGUCCCUUUGUUAGCAAUAGAGUUGCACGCGCGUCCUUCUAUCUCCUCCCCGCAGCUCGUUUUCAUCUUUUUCAUCGUUUCCACUCGACCGGUGUCUUCGUUCCCCUUUGCCCUUUUGUCUUUUGCGAGAGAUUCGGUUCGGGGCGCAGUUCGUGAGAAACGCCCAGGCUAUGGAACGAUCGGAACUCCGGCAAUCACUUGGAUCGACGAUAUUCGCGAACGUUCGGCCGUCCAAGAGUCGUUCCACGUUCGAGACGAACGCGAUACGUACAACGGGUCGUUGCACGUGAAAGGAUGGCGGAACAUCGUGAUGAUAACGAUAUAGGAACGAGAACGUCACCGGUGAACAUCGUGGCAACCGCGACCGUUGUGACGGACGAAGCGUUGCUCGCCGACGACGAGGUAGACAACUGCGAAGGCGAGAGCGAGGGGACGGAGAAAUCGACGCAAGAAGAGGAUGAAGAGGUGGACGUGGACGUGGAGGAGUGCAGCAGCAUCGACGACGGGCCGGUUCACGGAGUGCCGGAUGAUCUGAGCACAACGACAGCCUCGACGAGAAACUGCCAAGACGGUUACAACGAGCACGAACGGAAACACCGACUGCGAACCAGUUGCAACUCCGACGAGCUCCGGGACGUCGAGUGUCAUCUCGAAACGAAGGAACUGUGGGACAAAUUUAACGACCUCGGCACGGAAAUGAUCAUUACGAAAACGGGCAGACGAAUGUUCCCGACCUGUCGCGUAUCGUUCAGCGGAUUAAAAUCGGAAGGCAGGUACGCGGUGUUGAUGGACAUCGUGCCAGUGGACAACAAACGAUACCGAUACGCGUACCAUCGUAGCUGUUGGUUGGUCGCGGGGAAAGCGGAUCCACCGGCGCCGGCGCGGCUCUACGUUCACCCGGACUCACCGUUUACCGGGGAUCAGCUACGAAAGCAGGUGGUCUCGUUCGAAAAGGUCAAGCUGACGAACAACGACAUGGACAAGCACGGCCAGAUCGUUUUGAAUUCGAUGCACAGAUAUCAACCGAGGAUACAUUUGGUACGCUGUCGACAAACGGACGACAAUAAUCUUCGUAUAAGCGAUCUUCAGAAGGAGGAGCACAAAACGUUCAUAUUCCCCGAAGCAAUUUUCACCGCGGUGACUGCCUACCAGAAUCAGUUGAUAACCAAGCUGAAGAUCGACAGCAAUCCGUUCGCCAAAGGUUUCCGAGACUCGUCGAGACUGACGGAUUUCGAUCGAGAUCCGAUGGAGCUGAUGGAGCAACAGCUGGUGAGAUGCGGCGUGGCGCCGGUCAGGUUGUACGAGCAUCUCGCGAUGUCGUCUCCGGCCGCGGCGGCAGCGGCCGCGGCUGCGGCAGCGGCAGCCGCCGCCCUCGGUGCUCAGCAGCAUCAGCAACAACACCAUCAACAGUCGCAGCAGCAGCAACAGCAGCAUCAACAACAACAGCAGCAACAGCAGUCGCAGCAUGAGAGCUCGGCUCACGCUUUGCCCCCGUGGAUCGCUCCGUCGACGGCGCUCCUCUACGGAACCGUCGGCCAAACGCACCCUGGAACUAGGCCGGCGACCGGAACGACGUCUCCGUAUCCGACCGCGGCGACUACCGCGUCUUUUCCCUACCCCGCGGCCCUGCCCUGGCCCUGGCAACCACCACCUCCCGUCGCCAUGAUAUCGCGAAGAUCUUCUCCUCCCAGCGCGACCGCCGCCUCCCUCAGGUACACCCCGUAUCCUCCACCCGCGAGCACGCCUCCGCCAUUAAGAACCCGUCCAUCCACCCCCAAUUAGCGAUCCACCUCGGACGCUUUUCCUUAACGAUAUCGACGCGUUCUGCCAGCCUACUCGUUCUGUUGGUCGCGUCAAAACGAUUUGGACAGUCGAUGGAAGGUGUGGUAAACGCGGUGCAGCCAAAGAAGAAAUCCUCGAGCCAAGGUUUUGCGCGUCGAUCGGGGAAACCGUUGCUCUCUCGCGUUGCGCCCGGAAGCGUUCGCGUAGACGUUCUCGCGCCGAUGAUCGCAUGUGCGGCUUUCGUCGAUUUGUACAGAACGCCAGGCGUCAGGCAGUUCGGUUUCUCGUUCCCUCGACGUGCGAGGAGGAAGCAUCCCGAGAUCGUCAUCGCUUCGUCCAGUGUUAUUUAAGUUAGCUUUAGAGAAACGACCUGUACUUGUUUGCUCUCUGUGUACGCGUAAUAUAACCGGUAGACUGUCCGUCUUUAAAUUCGGGAAGCUGGAGGGUUUGCGUUGUCUGUGCGCCGGAAAAAUUCCCCCUUCCUUCCUUCCUCAAUUCCGAUCGAUUUGUACAUAAAAUAAGCCGAGUCGAAAAGCGACGGAGAAUGGACAAAGACUCGGCUAUAGUUGUAAUAUAUACCACGAUAGUAUUAACGCGUGUUUCCUCGAGACGGUGAUCUUUGUACAUAAAAUCUUUUGUGGUAGCGAGUAGCGUAAACGACGUAUUCACGAUGUAGCACGGAUAGAAAUAAACGAAUUUUCAUUAAAACAGCUUCUUUCAUUUUU